CGCAGUGGCUGACGGGAAUAGUCCCCAGACAGCUGCCUACCUUGGGGCCGAAGCCCUCGCGGGGGCCGAUGGGAAAGGCAGGCGCGAGACGCAGGCGCGCUAGGGUUCCGUUCCCACAAUGCAGCGUUGCCGCCUGACCCCGCUGCCGCGCUACGGCGGCCCGUGAGGUUCGGACCCGCAGGGGGCGGGGCUCCGCGCGUGAGCGGGGCGAGGCGCCCAGCCGGGCCUGAGCAGGUGCUGGCAAAAGUCGUCAUGGUGCACCUUGCUCACCUCCUUAUGAAAAAUUAUCAUGGAGGACACGUAGCUAUCCGAUUGGCUCUUGGUGGCUGUGCCAACAGACCCUUCUUCCGUAUAGUGGUCGCAUAUAACAAGCGAGCUCGGGACAGCAAGUAUUUGGAGCAAGUGGGCUGUUAUGACCCGCUUCCAAAUGGCCACAACGAAAAGCUGGUUGGCUUGAACAUCGAGAGACUCAAACACUGGAUUGGUUGUGGAGCACACGUCACAAAACCAGCUGAAAAACUUCUAGGUAACUCAACGUGUUUUUCCAUAUGAACUAUUUGCUUAUUU